UGGUGGUGGUGAGGUGAUGAGCAGAAAGAGAGGCGGAUGGAAUUGCCCCGAAGCAGCGCACAGGGAUCGUAGAGCAUGGCACCGCCAACUUACUGCUUUCAUUUGCUUGAUGAAGGGUAGGGAUAGUGUAAACAAGCCCCAUCGCACUCUCCUCGCAGUAGCGUUCCGGCCCAUCCGUCCCCUGACACUCCCACCCGUCGACUCGAGCCUGGCGUAACGCUUCUCUUUCCAUCACUCGCCAUGAGCGCACGCGACUUGCGGUCGCCCUCAGCGACGACUCCGUUGCUUCAGGCAGCCGAGCCGCAUCCAUCCGCACCGCAUCCAACCCUAUCACCGGUAGACGCUCGCGACUCGAGCAGGCAGGGCCAGGCGCACAUUGCGGUGCACGGGGGCCGCGGUCCGGUACACGGACACGAGCAGGAGGGCGGGGAUGGCGAGGGGGAGGCGCGAGUGUGCGAUGGGCACUGGGGGGAUGCGCAGGUGCACCAUCACGACGGGGAUGGUGACGGGCGCGCGGGGGUGCAGGGGCACGGCGAGGUGGCGCAUGUGGGGUCGGCGCGGCGGGCGCUGGGCAACGUGGUGAUCUCGAUCGUGGGCGCGGGCGUGCUGGGGCUGCCGUUCACGUUCCGCCAGGCGGGCUGGCUCGUGGGGUCCUGCGCCAUCGCCGGCAGCGCGUCGCUCAGCUACUACUGCAUGAUGCUGCUGGUGUGGGGGGGGGUUGUAGCACCGCUCCACCUGUGCCCAUCAACGCCCCCUGCCCGUGUCUCCGCUCUGCGCACCACUUCUUUUCCCUUUGUCCCCGCGCCACUGUGCCAGGUGCGGUGUCGCCGCCUAGUGGCGGAGAGGGGCCACGGCAGCAUCAACACGUACGGCGACCUGGGGUACCACGCGUGCGGGCAGGUGGGGCAGCGUGCGGUGGACGUGUUGGUGCUGGUGUCGCAAGGCGGGUGCUGCGUGGCGUACCUCAUCUUCGUGGGCGAGAACCUCGCCUCCAUCCUCGCGGGGUGGCCGUCGCUGCCGGGCACCUCCGUCAGGACCACCGUCAUCCUGCUGCUCUCGCCGCUGCAGGUUCUCCUGGCGUGGGUGCGUUCGCUCACGGGCCUUGCGCCCUUCAGCAUCUUCGCCGAUGUCGCCAAUCUGCUCGCCAUGGCCGUCGUUAUCCGCGAUGAUGUCAGCAGCUUCACGCGCCCCACAGCGGUGCACGCGUGGACGGGCCUGGCAUCGGUGCCAUUUGCGCUGGGCGUGGCGUGCUACUGCUACGAGGGCUUCGCCAUGACGCUGCCGCUGGAGGCGUCCAUGAAGGACCGCCGCAAGUUCCCUCUCGUGCUGGGCGCAGGCAUGUUCUGCAUUACGCUGCUCUACAUCGCGUUUGGCGUCGUGGGGUACGUGGCGUUCCAGGACGGCACGCAGGAGAUCAUCACGCUCAACCUGCCGCGCGACCUGUCCACCGACAUAGUCAAGCUGGGACUGUGCGUGGGGCUCUUCUUCACCUUUCCCGUCAUGAUGCACCCCGUGCACGAGAUCUUUGAGCGCCGCAUCAUGCUCACGCUCGCCUUCCAACGUCAUGUGCAGCCCUACCCGCGUCUGCGUCGCUUCCUGCUGCGUGCCGUGCGUGCGCUCAUAGUGCUGGCCGCGGCCAUGGUGGCGGUGCAGGUGCCAGGGUUUGCGACGUUCAUAGCGUUCGUGGGGUCGUCGGUGUGCGCGCUGCUGGCGUUCGUGCUGCCCGCCACAUUCCACCUGCAGAUCCUGGGCACAGAGGCGUCGUGGGGAACCAUCUUGUCCAACUCUGCCCUCAUUGCCUUCGGCCUGGCCUUCGCGGCCUAUGGCACGUACAGCACAGUAUGGAGAGGGUAGGCGGGGCAUGUUGCGCAUGCUCACUGAUUGAGGCCAGUGAGAGGAGGCAGUCAGCAAGGAACAAACAGGGAGUGAAUAAAUAAGGGGCAGCCAUGAGAUAGGAGCACAUAGUAUCGUAUGAAUGUGUAUCAUCUCAAAGGAAAACUGAAUAAUGAUUGACUAGAAAGAAUUAUAUAAGGACAUAUAUCU